CAAAAUCAGCUGUUCAUCAUUCACGCCCACACGUCAAAAAUUCAAAAAAAGGCCGAAUUUUACUAAAACAAUAAACAAGAUUUUCUUUUUUGAUUGUAUGAUGCUAAUUAUUAUCACUCGAAGCCGAUAAGUACGUGAUUAGGUAAUUGUAAGAAAUCGGCGAAUAUUAAAUCACAGUUUAACCGUCGAGAUAGUGACGUAUCACAUUUGGUUUAAACAAAUUUAGCGCAAGUUGACUGUAAAUAAUCUGUUAAUUUGGCCGUAUAACCUAAAUAAUUUUUCAGGAAAUGUGUUGGUAAGCAGACUGGUUUGAGCUAUGGGUGUAAACAGCAGCAAGAAGUUGGCUGCCAAGUGUUCUUUUUUAUCAAAAGAUGAACAACUUAUUGUCAGCAAUUCUUUUAAACUAGCAAGUAGGAAUUCAGAAAAAAUUAAAGAGGAUGAACUCACGAAACUAUGGGGUUCACAAAUGGAUGGUCGUCUUCUUCAGUACAUAAACAACUACCUGUUUGGUAAGGGUGAACAAAAGGUGACAACUGUCGACCUAGAAAAGUUUGCGGAAUUAUUUGUCUUCUGCACAAGGGGAACAGUGGAUGAAAAAGUUAAGGUUCUGUUAACAUCUUUGGGAAAGUCUGAAGAGGAGGAUAUUCCAUAUAGCUUAGUAAAAGAGUAUGUAGAGAGCAUAGUAAGUUCUUACAUGAAAAUUCAGAGGCUAAGUAAUUCGAAACAGUACAAAAGUUGGGCAAGCAGAGGUUGCCAGAUUCACACUCAGAAUUCCCAGCGGCUAGCUGAAAGUCUCACUAGAGAUUUAUCUGGGGAAAGUCCUAUCUCCAGGAGAUCUUUAGAAUCGUGGCUGCAGGGCAGCACGGUGUUGGGACAAUUGCUAUUGUUUGUUUUUAUGCAUUUGUAUAAUAUUUCACAUAAGGAUAAAUCAACCGCACUAGUAAGUGAGAAACAGCAAUCUGCCAACCCACCAGAAAAUGAGGCAUCCGCCACCGAUUCUGACGGUAUUAAAGAGCGAUCUCUGGUGCCAUACUGUCGAGGUCUCGAUCUCAUUCCUUCCUAUCCUAGCAUCUUGGAUCUCAACCAGAUUGUUUUCAUGAACGCUCAUCUCCCGCAACAAUACCAAGUUGAGUGGAGAUUUCUUUUUAGUUCGGAAAUACACGGAGAAUCGUUUUCCACACUCAUUGGUCGCAUAGUAAAUCAAGGCCCAUCAGUCCUAGUACUAGAAGACCGAAGCGGCUAUAUCUUCGGAGGCUUCGCUCCAGCAAAUUGGGCGUUAGGCCCAAAUUUUUUUGGGGACGACAGCAGUUUUUUGUUCACCCUAGCACCUAGAAUGCGCGUGUUUCCAUCUACAGGGUACAAUCAACACUUUCAGUACCUGAAUUUACACCAACAGACCAUGCCUAAUGGAUUGGCUAUGGGCGGUCAGUUUGGCUACUGUGGUCUAUGGAUUGACGCGGAAUAUGGAAAAGGACAUUCGAGUGAAUCUUGUACGACGUAUGGAAGUUAUCAGCAAUUGUCGCAUACAAAAGAGUUUCACUUUAGGCAUAUGGAGGUGUGGGGACUCGGACAGCCACCUCCUACUCCUCAAGAGAAGGGCGAGAGGGUUACUGGAAAGGGUGGAAGUAUACUAGACGGAAACGCCGAAAGCAAAGCUAUGUUAAAAAUGGCAGGCAAGACGAUUCACAGCGAGGGUCUUCGGGAGCCCCCGAACACAUAAAAUCAACCUGGUAAACUGACGAAGGAACAAGUUCUUAAUAUUGAGACUUACAUCGCAGACUUAUCUAGUUUCCGUUGCACACACAACACUCAACAUGCACAGUAUAUAUAUUAACUUUCGUGACCUCGACGUCAGUCGUUUUUUUCCUAAUAAUUGUAUUGUGAUUAUCACCAUAUUUUUAGAUCGUAAUAUCACGAAAUCAAAAGAAAAUAUCGACUUCAUUCGGACCAAGACGUUUUCACUAAGUAGUAAUUUUAUUUAAAGAUUGGUUGAUUAUUGUUUUAAGUGCCAAAUCACAUUUUGUUUACACUACAUGACUAAUCCGGAUAAGAUACAGGUUGUCCGUUUUUAAUUAUACUACUAUUGUUAUAUAUGACAUAAUAAUUACGGGUCAAUUAAAUUUUAGUUGCCGUCAA